CAGUUGUUAAUUUUACGCGGGAUCUCUCGUAACAAAGCCGGCGUCUCGUCUUGUUUAUUAUCGAAAACAUUUUAAAGUAACAGAGUGUGGAAUAGUUUUGAUUGAUAUCUAUUUAAAUAUAAAAAUCAAAUAAUUAAGAAUUUUUAAUUAUUUAUUGUGUUAAAAAUUUAAUAAAUAUUUAAUAUGGAGAAAGGUUAUAUCACGUUUGGUGAACAUAAUAUUGUUUACGAAUGGAAGAUUGAUAAACUAGAUCGUUUUUACGAUGGAUUCGAGGAUAACUAUAAAUUUACUUUUAAUUCUUCAGAAUUUUCAACAGGAGCUAAAAUGAAUGAUAAAUGGUCUAUUUGUUUAGAUGUAAUUACUCAAUUUAAUGUACAUAAUAAUCCUCAAAGUAUGGCCAUUCUAGAUGUUAGUUUGAAUUCAAUGAUUGAUGUCGAUAAUAUAAAUAUAAAAUAUUCAAGUAUUAUUUUGGAUCAUAACAAAAAGAAAUUAUUGAUAAUGAAGCGGCACUUGCUGCUGACCAAUGGUAGAACUUCAAUUUAUGCGUUCUCAUCUUCACUUUUGAAGAAUAAAGAUAAAAAUUUAUCCGACAAUACUUUCACAAUAUAUCUAGACCUCACUGUGUACGACACUCCUCAAACAACUUGCCAAACACGUAAAUUAAAAAUUCCAAAAUGUCAAAUGGCUCACGAUUACACAGAACUUUACAACACUAAGAUGAGUAGUGACGUUAUCAUAGAUGUGCGUAACACAGAAUUCCCAGCUCACAAAAUUAUCCUGAUGGCACGAAGUCCUGUUCUCGCUGCAAUGUUUUCUCAUGAUAUGAUUGAGAAAAAAGAAAAUAAAAUAUCUAUACCAGACGUUACUCCGGAGAUCUUCGAAAAGGUCUUAAAGUAUAUCUACACUGAUGAAGUUACUGAUCUGGAUGCGGAUGCUAAGCGCUUAUUAGAAGCCGCAGACAAAUAUCAGCUACGGUCGCUUAAAGAUAUUUGCCAAGAAUCACUCAGUGAAACUCUAACUGUUGACAAUGCACUAGAAAUAAUGACUUUAGCUGAUCGUCACAGCGCCAAACAUCUAUUGGAAUUUACAAACAAGUUUAUGGAAUUAAAUAUCAAAAAGAUUAUCGAGAGUCAAAACUUCAAAGAAUUUAAAAAAUCAAAUCUUCCUUUAGCAUUUGAAUUAUUGGAAAAAUUUUCAAUUCUCAAGUUGUGAAUUAACUGAUACACGUGCCUAUGGGCAAAUUCACCAGGUGAUCAACAAAAACAAUCGAAACUCAGUACAAUAACAUGAUGCUCAACAAUAUUCCAUAAUUUAAAUUCUAUAUAAUCAUUAUUCAAUGACUUUAAAUAUAAUCUUUUAUGAUUACAAGUCAUAUAUUUUCUAUUCUGAAAUAUCAGUUAAUAAUUACUCAGUUAUCUUUUCCAUUUUUACUUAUUAUUAUUAUUGUUUAUAUUUUUCUAUCUAAAAAUAUUGAUGUAAUCCCAUAAAAUA